AUGGCCCGUGGGCACGGAACAACGUCUGCUCAAACUGCAUUCAGACAAAAAAGCAAUGUACCUAUCUCCACCCACAGAGAGGCCAGCAAACCCCGUGGGCCGCCCAAGGCCUAUGUGACUGGUCUGGAAGAUAGGGUCGAAGAGCUUGAGGCCUUACUUGCGCAGAUUAGACCGAAUACCGAUUUCUCCGACGAACUUGGACCACCCAUUGUACGGGACUCGUGGAAGAACCCAGAGGAUCGCUCCCGGCCCGCCUCGUCGUCCCCAGUCCCUCCCCAGCCUUCCCAUUCCCCGCCCAGCAGGCAGUCUCCCGCCUCGUCCCCACCAGCUGCCUCGCCUUUACCACCGCUGAUGAUACCCUUCCAUCGCCCAAACCGCGAAUCCUCAGAUACCCACUCUGUUUCUUCUCGCACAACGCAUCUCAUCUUCAAACCUCGCCGCGGUUUGAAAAAGUCAAAGUCAAAUGCGAGCUCAGUCUAUACGGUUUCCAGCAACUCUGGGUCUUCGGCUAUCACGGCGAGUCCGGAAUAUCGGUCGCCUUCAUCGUAUCCCUCAUCUUCAGAGUCUGAGGAUACAUUCGAGGAAGGCUCCAGUUCGGGCCCAGAGGAGCUGCUCGAAAGUUCAGCUGGUGGACGGACGCGUCUUGGUCUCAAGAUGAAUGAGACCCCCGCCGUGGAGAAUAACCGCAUUCUAUUCCAUGGACGCAGUAGUACGGCGGGCCUCGUCGAGACCACCCGCAAGUUCAAGCACAUGCACAUGCAAGAGGCCAUGAAAAUGGAUAUCGCCGAGGAUGAACCACUGCGGGAGUCUGUCAAGAAGGAAGAAGUCGAUUCCAAGGGAAAAGAAACCAAAGUCAAGGUACAAGGGCCUGAUAACAGCCGAGUUGCUAUGACACGCAGACCCACCUAUUGGCAAACACCACCGUGGGAAUUGAAGUAUCAAGCCCUACACGGUAGUUCGCCCUUGACGUCGAUACCUCACAUUCUUGCAGGAUUUCCCCCACCUGAUCUCUGUCUGACACUGAUCAAACUCUACUUUUUCCAUUCGAACAACCACUAUCCACUACUACACAGGCCUACUUUCGACCGCCAAUGGGAAGAAAAGCUUUACGAACGCAAUGUGUGGUUCGCCUCAGUUUGCCUCUUCAUAUUUGCGGUCGCCAGUCGGUGGUGCGAAGACGAGAGGGUGUUGGAAGAGUCGCUGAGCGAAAGGGAGGCAAGGGAGCUGGGUAAAGGUGAAGCACCUGAUCCCAACUGUAAGGAUUGGACGCGGGCUGGGUGGAAAUACUUUGAAUAUGGAGCGGAGAUACACCGGAUAGGAAGAUCAUUAUUCUAUCCCGCAAGCCUCUUCGAAGUUCAGAGCUUUACGCUCAUGGGUAUGUUUCUUCGAGGUACUCGAUAUGCACCAGCCGCGUGGUCUGUUGUAUCCAUCGGGCUUCGGAAAGCGAUCGAUGUCGGGGCGCACAGGAAAAGCGUGUAUCAGCAGAAACAUAAUGCUGAUGACGAAUUGUGGAAACGCGCCUUCUGGCACUUGGUGGUGUUCGAUAGGAUAGGGGGAGUGAUUUUAGGUCGUGGAAUUGGCCUGAGCGAGGAGGAUUUUGAUGCAGAGCUGCCGUUGGAGGUGGAUGAUCAGUUUUGGAAUGGGACGUGGAAGCAACCCCCAGACGUACCGGCUCGGGUGGCCUCGUUCAACCAGCUCAUAAAACUGACGCAAAUCAUUGCAUUCACAUCCAAGACAGUGUAUGGUAUCAACAAGCCCAAGAUCUUCCGCCAUCUAAUCGAGGGUGACUGGCGCGUGGAGGUUAUCCAGCAACUGAGCACCGCUCUCAAAGAAUGGCGGGAAGCUGUCCCACCACACCUGCAAUGGUCAGACCAGAUUACAGAUCCCGUCUUCUUCACCCAAUCCGCCAUGCUAUACACAACAUACCACUUGAUCACGAUGCUUAUCUUUCGACCUUUCAUCCCCAUGCCGCCACUGCUUCCUCCAUCUUUGCAACGUGACUCCAAAGUCAAGGAAUCCGCUUCCUCUCCCCCCUCCCCGUUCCCAUUCCCGGCCCUGAAAAACUGUAUCUCCUCUGCGUGUGCCUGUGCUCGGAUAGUGGAGGUGCAGUUUAGAAAACGGUCCUGGGACUAUAUCCAUAUCCCUGGGUUUGUGAAUACGGCAUUCACAUGUGCGGGUGUAUUGCUGUUGGCGGUGUGGGACCUCAAGGCGCAGCAAAAGGUGCUUAUCAAGGUCAAACAGGCUGGUGUCAUAUCUUCGCCACAGGAGGGGGGUCUCGGGGACCCCUCAACGACAGGGGCGGACGAAAAGGUGGACGGAUUGUUGUUGGCUUUGAACGAAAAGAUGGAGGGACUUGCGGCUGAUGCCAAAAUGCUGUUGAGCGCUAUUGAAUGGGUGCAGGAUCGGUGGGAGUUGGCGCAGAGUUUUGCGUCGCGUUUGAAGGAAUCGUUACCGAGCGAGGAGGAUUUGCGGUGUAAUCCAGAGGCGGAGGCUGGUCGGGACACACUCACCAUCGUAAAGCAACUGUCCUUCCAGGACUUGCGCCGGCAGCGUCUCCAGGAACAACAGGAAAAGAAACCCCAACGGAAGCAAUCGCACCCACUUGAUCUCGGGAGCGUCACAGGGGAGCGGUGGACGACGCCGCCUGGGCGCGAUACUGAUGGGCAAUCCAGCCGCGGCUCGGUCCAUCGGCAUUCGGUGCCUCUACCUGAAGGGUCCCCGAUGGGUGUUGGUGCUGUGGAUGUGAACAGGUUUCUGCAGGACCAUUAUCCGGAUUUGCAUACCUUUGCCGACGAGGAGUUUGACCCGUCGUCGCAAGAUGGGUCAAUUCAAUUGCCUACUAUUCCUUUCCGGGUGACUCCUCCUGACCCAGGGCGCAUGGAGCAAGGGCAAGCUGGUCCUUCUAAUGGUGUCCACCAUCCAUCCCGACAAGCUCACUACAAUACCCCGCAUCAGCAGUACCACGAAGACCAUCGUAUGGGUUCCCAUACACAUCCUCAAUCAUCUGAUGCUACUUCGUACUCGUUCCAGCAACCUGUACCGGUCCGUCGUCAUACCGCUGGACUAUCCGUCCCGGGUCAUGAGGCAGCUAUGAAGCGGCCCAGUGCGGACGACCUGCUCAGUUUGGGCACACGACGCGAAUCGGCAUCGACUUCUUCCCAUCAUCAUCUGACACAGUCUCCUCACCCCAUGCACUCCCCGUGGAGCCUUGACCGGGCAACUACCGUGCCGAUCAACCGUCCUGUGUCCUCGCUGGAUGGGUACAUGCAUGACCGAAGACAGACGCUCGCCAUGUCGCAUGAACGCGGGGGUCACUUUGACGCCUCUGGACAUGUGGCCUACCAGGACAAGUACCAUUACAGCCAGGAGCCUGUCCAUCACCACCACCAGCAACACACGCCGCCUUCGCAUUCCUGGACCCACCCUAGCCCAGUGCAAGCACCACCGUUCGCGCCUGAUGGGCAGUACAGUCACUGGGGACAACGUCACGAUAACUUUGCCCAACAGCAACAGCAUGUAAACCAGCACCAGCAUUCCUACGCGCCUACGCAUCACCAACAGCAACAGCAGCAGGUUCGCUCUGGACAUCCUGACCUUGUAGUCCGCAACAUCUCGCACCGGCAUUCGUAUGCCGACCUUCGUCAAUUUGCGCCGGGACCGUCUUUCGGAUAACAAACGUUUGAAGACUGGAGGGACCUUUUUUCGUUCGAUUUGCUCGUCGUUUCAGUAGUGUAUUGUAUACUAUUUUAUCGCACACGCUUUUUGUUUGUUAGCUCAGCAAUUUCGUCGUACUUAAUCAUGUUGUUGUCCUGUCCGUUGCCGUAGCUUAUUUCGCAUACAUACACGCUCAUGCUGUCCACUGCAAGCAUCCGUAUCGUUUUCAGUUUGUGUUGUCUGAUUGGACUAUUUACCGGUACUAGAAUUGUAUAUCA